AUGGUUGUUGUCAUGGGUCGUGGACAUGGGGGAGACGGAGCUGAGGACCCACCUUUCCCAGGUGGUAGAGGUCCUAGCCAGCACGAGCAGGACGUUGAGGAAUGUGCCCGAAGGAAAAACCAGGGGAAACCAAUAGGCAUGCAAUAUGAUAGGGAUAUCACAUUUAAUCCCGUAGGAGAGGCGGGAGAUAUGUUUUCCCGAGAAGUUGGGAAAACAAUGUGGCAGAUGGUCCCUUUCGACAAAUGGAGUUGGAAAAGAUUUUCCCCUAAUAUAAAGAACACUGUAUUACAACAUUUAGCGUUUGAUCUCAAUCAAAUGUACGAGGAUGCACAAGCUACUCUAUUGACAGAGAGUUUUCAAGCAGCCUUGUUAAAAGGUUUUCGAGAGUGUAAAGCCGACGCAAAAGAAUAUUUCAAGAGGGUCGGAGGGUAUGAAGAUAUCCCGAGAGCAUUGGCAAAUCCUCCGGAUGGUAUGCUUGUUGAUAACUGGGAGAAGACAGUUGAGUAUUUUCAAACUGACAAACACAAAAUUGCUUCAGAAAGAAGCAAAAAAAUCCGUGAAAAGCAAACAACUGUGAUUCGUGGGGGUUCGAGCUCGUAUAGCAGUACUUGCUAUAAGAAGAAUCGGUUAGUUGAAGAGCUGUUAGAACAAACUCAAGGUGAAAGUGAGUUAACGCCAACUCAAAAAAGAGCUACGUUCAAGAAAGUAUUAGGAGAGCGAUGUGGCCACAUUAGAGGCAUUGGCCGCAAACCUUCUGGUCUCCCGACGAUUCCACAGCCUUCGCAACCAUCACAACCAUCACAGUAUUACCGGCGACUUUUGGGACUUUUACCGGCGACUUUUGUCGCCGGUAAUGGCCUUUUUCCUUGUAGUGUGAGGUACAAAUGGAUAUCGUAUUCCAGAAAGCGCAUACCACCCUUCCCACCAGGUCCCUACGGCUUACCAAUUCUAGGGUACCUCCUGUUUCUCGGCUCCAACUUGCAUGAAAGAUUCACGGAGAUGGCUCAACGUUAUGGCCCCAUCUUCAGUCUCCAGCUCAGAAGAAAGCUUCAUGUUGUGGUGAACUCCAUGGACCUAGUAAAGGUCGUGACUCGUGACCUGGACCAGACCAUGGCGAACCGCAGUCCUCCAUUAGCAGCGCUAUCCAUGAGUUACAGUGGGAACGAUAUUGCAUGGUCCAACAGCGACACACACUGGCGUAACAUGCGCAAGAUUUUAACAACCCAGCUUAUAAGCGAUAAAAAUCUAAAAGCUUGUCAGAGUUUCCGAACAUAUGAAGUCAGAAGGGUGGUGAAAGAAGUUUACAGUAAGCUCCGAACAAAGAUCAAUAUUAAUGAAAUUGCUUUCAAGACUGAGGUUAACGUUGUGACAAGCAUGUUAUGGGGUUGUAGCAAAUUAUCUGAUGAUGGGAACGAUUCUAGCGCUAUUGGAGAUGGCUUCCGAGAAGUUGAGUUCAAGAUUGUGGAGUUAAUGAUAGCUUCAAACAUCUCUGAUUUUCUACCUAUCCUAUCACGGUUCGAUCUACAAGGAAGGCAGCGAGAAAUGCAGAAGCAGCUGGAAUAUGUUGAUCGUAUAUUUGAGAACAUUAUCCAAGGAAGAAUGGAAGCAAACUCCAUAAAAAAUGAGGGAGAAGCAGAGGAAGAUCGAAGGAAGGAUUUCGUCCAAGUAUUACUCGAGCUUAAAGAGCAGAAAGAUGCUGCAAUAUCAUUAGACAUCAUUAAAAUAAAGGCCCUACUAAUGGACAUAGUGCUUGCUGCUACAGACACAACAUCGACAAUGGUGGAAUGGGUGAUGUCAGAGAUUUUGAAUAAUCCAGGUGUAAUGAGAAAGAUCCAGGAUGAAUUAACGGAUGUUAUUGGCAUGAACGUUGUCCAAGAAUCUCAUCUGCCCAAAUUAAAAUAUUUGGAUGCAGUCAUCAAGGAGACAUUCAGGGUACACACUCCCGUUCCGCUCCUACUCCACAGAUGCCCAGAUGAAUCAUGCACUGUUGGUGGAUACACCAUUCCAAAGGGUACUAUCGUCUAUAUUAACGUUUAGGCAAUCCAUCGGGAUCCAAUGAACUGGACCGAUCCAUUGGAGUUCAAGCCUGAGAGGUUCUUGAUCGACAAAUGGGAUUACCAUGGAAAUAAUUUCAAUUUUUUGCCGUUUGGAUCAGGGAGAAGAAUAUGCCCAGGAAUCUCACUUGGGGAGAAGAUGUUGAUGUAUAUAUUAGCAUCGCUGUUGCACUCGUUUGAUUGGAGCUUGCCAGAAGAUGAAGAGUUUGAGCUUUCUGAUGAGUUUGGACUUGUGACAAAGAAAAGAAAACCACUAUUAGCUAUACCCUCUAAAAGAUUAUCUGAUGACAGCCUCUAUAUUUGAUAGAGGAUUAUGGCUCAAUAGUUAAAGGGUACUACUGUUUGAAUAAAAAGAAGGUCACCUGCUGUUAAGAGUGUCGAGAAAGGUGAAAUCCGUUAGCUUCCCGUCUCCUCUUUUCUUGUAAUUUGGUGUGGUAAUAAUAUUUCUGCGAAUUAUGUA